AUACUCCGGCGACGAUGAUUAAUUCCGACGAUAACUUAUCAAUGAUCGAAGCUCUCUUCACCUCCGAUCUGUCGCCAUUACCUCCGGCGAAUCUCAGCCUCGAGACUACUCUCCCGAAGCGUUUACAUGCUGUCCUGAAUGGAACCAACGAGCCCUGGACUUACGUCAUUUUCUGGAAACCGUCGUACUAUGACAUUUCCGGUGAAUCAGUACUCAAAUGGAGCGACGGAGUUUACAAUGGCGACGACGAGGAAAAGACACGAGGGAGGUUGAGGAGGAAGAAGACGAUUCCGUCGUCUCCGGCGGAGAAAGAGCGUCGGAGUAAUGUUCUCCGCGAACUUAACUCGAUGAUCUCCGGCGAAGCUUUCCCGGUGGUUGAAGACGAAUAUGUCAAUAAAGAUGAUGACGUGGAAGCAGAAGUGACUGAUAUGGAGUGGUUUUUCUUGGUUUCCAUGACGUGGAGUUUUGGUAACGGAUCCGGGUUAGCGGGUAAGGCGUUUGCUAGUUAUAACCCGGUUUGGGUUACCGGGUCGGAUCAGAUUUAUGGGUCGGGUUGUGAUCGGGCUAAACAAGGAGGGGAUUUGGGGUUACAAACCAUUGUGUGUAUUCCUUCGGAUAACGGAGUGUUGGAGCUUGGAUCCACGGAGCAGAUCCGACAAAACUCGGAUCUUUUUAAUAAGAUCCGGUUCCUUUUUCAUUUGGAAGGAUCCAAAGAUUUUUUCGGAGCCCCGAAUUUGAACUCGGAUCUUUUCUCAUUUCAGUUAGAGAACGGUUGUUCAAGUACCGUAACCGAUUAUAAUUUGAAUUUCUCGACGUCGUCUUCAACAUCGGCGAGAGCUCGUUGUGGCGAUGUACUGAGUUUUAGUGACAAUGUUAAACAGAGUUCUGAAAAUCUGAACCCUAAUACUUAUUCUGCUCAGAUCCAAAACGUUGUCCAUCACGCGACGGUGAUGCCGGAGAAGAAACAGGGAAAAAAGCGCGGGAGAAAACCGGCGCAUGGUAGAGAUCAGCCGUUGAACCACGUGGAAGCAGAGAGGAUGAGACGUGAGAAGCUAAACCAUAGAUUCUACGCGUUACGAGCGGUAGUACCAAACAUAUCGAAGAUGGACAAAACGUCCUUGCUCGAAGACGCGGUUCAUUACAUAAACGAGCUGAAAUCCAAAGCUGAAAACGCUGAAUCGGAGAAAAACGCGAUUCAAAUUCAGCUGAAUGAACUUAAGGAGAUGGCAGGACAACGAAACGCGGUUCAUAGGGUUUGUAAAUAUGAGGAAAACGCGUCGGAGAUGAAGAUUGAAGUGAAGAUUAUGGGAAGUGAUGCGAUGGUUAGAGUGGAAUCGAGUAAGAGUCAUCAUCCAGGAGCGAGAUUGAUGAAUGCUUUGAUGGAUUUGGAGUUAGAAGUGAUUAACGCGAGCAUGUCUGUGAUGAACGAUUUUAUGAUACAACAAGCAAACGUGAAGAUGGGGUUGAGAAUCUACAAGCAAGAAGAGCUUAGGGAUGUGUUGAUAUCGAAAAUUAGCUGAGAGUUUUUUUUUUGUGUUUUGAGAAAAUGAUGGGGUCAAACUGUAAUUAAGUUUUGUGAUUUUCUAAUAAAUUAACGGCCGUUGG